AUCAACCCGAAAUAGAUGGCAUAGUUAGUAGGCAAAUGGUAGGUACACAACAUGAAAACCAUGUACGGCGGUAUGACAAAGUUUACCUUGGAUUAUACCCACCCCAAGUCUUGAAGUUCUCUCGAUAAUUCAACCAUCGAAUACACUGAACCGGCUCCAUACCCUGCUAUUUGAACUUCUUUGUCUGUCAAAGAAACCCCGAAGGCGGUCAGAGCUGCCAGAAAUCGGGAAUUAACCAACGAUGGUAGGGAUUUGACAAGCCCCUGUCAUGCUUACUGAUGUAGCCAAUCAUCAUUAUACCGAGGUUCCCCAUGGGCAAUGAUGAAGUUCAAAGACUAAGACAAUGUAAGGAGGUACUACUAUACAUAUUUACAUAUUAUCACAUAUUCGCCCUCAUCUCAUCAAUACCGUGUUCUUUACCGGUUACUCUGAUCUUGAAUUUUACCAAAAAUUUGCAAAAUUUGCAAAAUUUCCAAGAAUAGCCGAAAUCAUAUAAUACCAUCGUAACUCACUCACUAGAAACUUACUCGUAACAGUUUCGAAUCACUGCAUAGUAAUCAGGAUAUAAAACGAAGUAAUCAUGCGGGGCAUCCAAAUCACAGAAUAUGUCAAGGGCCCGAAAGAGCUCAAGGUCUCAGAGCUCCCGGACCCGACGCCGAAGCCGGAUCAGUACCUCGUCGAGGUUCACGCCGCGGCGACCAACUUCUUCGACAUCCUGCAGAUCCAGGGAAAAUACCAAAAUCAACCUCCCUUCCCCUGGGUCUCCGGCGCCGAGUUCUCCGGCAUCGUCCGCGCAACCCCCUCCAACGCCAAGUCCCCCCCUAAGUACCCCGUCGGCAGCCGCGUCUUCGGCGCCAGCGCAGGCGCGUACGCGACGCUCGUGUGCCCGGCAGAGCACGAACUACUGCCUGUGCCAAAGGGGUGGUCCUUCGUCGACGCAGCCGGGCUCUUCGUAACCGCGCCGACAAGCUACGGCGCACUAGUGCAGCGCGCAGGCAUCAAAGCCGGCGACUGGGUGCUCGUGCACGCCGCAGCCGGCGGCGUCGGGCUCGCCGCCGUGCAAGUCGCCAAAGCCUUCGGCGCGACCGUGAUCGCGACGGCCGGGACCCCGCGCAAGCUCGAGGUGGCCAAGCAGUUCGGCGCGGACCACGUCGUCGACUACCGCGAUCCUGCGUGGCCGGACCUCGUGAAGAAGCUUACCCCGAAAGGCCGAGGCGUCGACAUCGUCUACGACCCCGUCGGCCUCGUCGACAAGAGCACCAAGUGCAUCGCGUGGAACGGCCGCAUCCUCGUCGUCGGCUUCGCCGCGGGACAGAUCGAGAAGCUGGCCAUGAACAAGGUGCUGCUGAAGAACAUCAGCAUCGUCGGCAUCCACUGGGGCGCGUACGCGCGCUUCGAGCGGGAGACGAUACCCGUUGUUUGGGAGGGGAUUGGAAAGCUGAUCGAGGAAGGGAAAUUUAGGGGCACGGUGUUCGCGGAUAAGGAGUUUGUGGGGCUCGAGAGCAUCCCGGAUGCGCUGUUGGCGUUGGGAGGGAGGGAGACGUGGGGGAAGGUUGUGGUGAAGAUCCCGCAGUCGGGGGAGAAUAAGUUGUGAGGAAGGGGGGAGAUAUUUGUAGGUUAGGUAGGUACUCAGGGCACACGUCUUUAGCAUUGGGUCUUUGGUUUUGGUUUUGGUUUUGGUCUUGGUGAUUUAACAUGGCCUGUGUACUUUUUUCAUGUGCAAGCAUAGGCUAGGCUAGGUAGAUAUGU